AUGCCUAGACGUGGUGGCGGAGGCCGAGGAAAUAAGAAAUCCCAUGGAGCCAGGUUCAGGAUAAGUAAUAGUAAGAAAAGGAAGAGCAAAGGUGCUUCCAACAAUCAUCGUGCCCCCCAAGAUUUCCAUCAGCUAGAAGACUUUAGCGGUUUACCUGAUGUAAGUUUAGGAAAGAUGAGUCUAGCUAAAAUGAGUAAACGUCCCGGCAGACUUAUGAAUGAGGUCAAAUUUACUAGUGACAAUCAUGACAAAACUAUGAUGGGUCCCUUGAGGAAGAGACCGAUAGAGUUUGUCAAAGCUAAAGAGGUUUAUGAUCCCAAUGAGGAAUUACGUAAAAAGCUCGAGGAAGUAAAGUUCCUGCCAGAGCCUGAAGUAAUGGAGCCAAGGCAAGUUACAGAUGAAGACAAAGGGCUCGAUGAACAGCCGUUAAGGAAUGCUCUUGAAGAAAGAGAAAUCUCUACGAAAAAUGAGGGAAUAGAGGUAAAUGAAGACGUACAAGGAGAGGUCAAGCAAAAAUCAGUCGAACCUGUUGAAUUCUCGAUUGACGAGACAGGUGACGAAGAUUUGAAAGUGGAGGUUCGACUGAAUCCAACUCCAGGACCAAAUGUGGAAACAACUUCAGUUGCUAUCGGUAAAGUGUUAUUAAAAACUCAUUACGAGGAUGGAGAGAUGGUAACAGAUUUGAUGUCUCAAUCUAAAUUGAACAGCUUGAAACCCGGAUUUGUUAACGAGAGCAGUUACAUCUCGAGUUCUGAUGACUUUGAUGAAGAUGAUCCGCUAGGCUACCAAGACUACAUGUCUCAAAUGAUAAAACAGUUAAGGGAGGACACAGACGAGUAUGAAAGUGACACAAACUUCGAUAUCAUGGCAUCUGAUACAGACGAUGAGCCCAUUCCUCUCAAAGCAAGUUCGAAUAAGGUUGAGAAGCAACAAGAACCAGUGAGUGAAGCAAAAGAAGAAACCCCAGAGUAUGGAUUUCUUGAAGAAGAUUAUGAGUUCGACGUAUCCAAGAUUUCCAUAUCCAAUAUCAGGUACGGUGUAAAAAAUCAAUACUACAUAGUUUGCCCUGAACUCACGGGAACAGGAGAUUCCAUUUGGAUUGACGAAGAUGAAGUUGUGGACUACAUCCUUGAGAAUGGUGUUAGGGAGAAUAGGUUGAGUAGUUUCUUCAAAUUUAUGACGAAGGGUUUAGUGGAUAAUUCAGAGUCGGAAGAGUCUGAAGUUUAUGUGUCAGAUCUGGAGAUGGACGAUGAAGAGGAAUCGGAAGAAGAAGAAGAAGAAGAAGAUAUGGAUAGUGAUGACAACGAUUUAGCUCAGUUGAUCAGUUUUAGUCAAAAUCAUCAUUUCGACAUGAAUAUGACCAUGGACACAGAAACAUCUUCCUUGAGAACCAAAGGUAAGGGAAAGAAGAAGAGAUUAGAUUUGGAGAAAUUUGAUAUGGAUAAUGAAUUGAGACAGUCGUUACAAGAUCAAUAUCAAACUCAAAGGGAGGCAAAGAAAUUAAGAAAACUACGUAAACACGAUCAGAUGGUCGAGGAUGGCUUGAAUUCAAAUGACUUGUUAAUCAAAUACCCAUACACUUUACAUAUCAAGGAUAUCAGAAAUGAAAUGCUUGCAUUUCUACAUGACAGUUUGAGAUCAACUUUGAAUUUCCCUCCAUUAGAUCCACAUGGAAAUAAGACAAUUGGUAAGAUGGCUGAUUGCUACAAUUUCAAAAGUAAGAGGGUUGGGGGUAAUGGUUUGAAAUCCUUCAUGCAAGUGGUGAAAACCAAAAGAACAUUCAAUUAUUUGCCUAAUGAACAUAGAGCAAUUGCAAUCACAAAGCAACGUCCAGUAUUUCACAGAGUGGAUGUUCAAAGGCCAAAAGAUGAAUAUUUAGAGACCGACGGGAACAAGGAAAAGGAUAGAAAACGUCAAAGGGGAAAAUCAUCCAACGCUAAUGUUAAAGAGGGUGACAUUGUGGGUGAUAAAGCACCAGAGAUCCCAUCGUCUAACAUCGGAAGACAGUUGCUUGAGAAAAUGGGUUGGAGUAAGGGUGAAGGUCUUGGUUUGGGCAAGAGAGGUAUUCAUGAGAUCAUCCAAGCCAAGGUAAAGACCAGCAAACUAGGUUUGAAAUAG